CCUCUAUGAUGCUCAUAAUUGGAUACUCAGUGGCACUCAAUGUUGAUAAAGGUAGCAGCAGUACCAACCCAAACUAUGCCAUGUAUACAAACCAGCAGGCUGCAAUACCUCAUAACACAGGGUACAAUGUCAAUGGAAGUGGCCACAUGAACCUUACAAAUUUUGCAUCACAACUGAAUGUCGCGCAAUAUAGCACAGCUGGAUAUUCAUUAACUAACAAUAAUAACCAUCAAGAAGCUGGCGUCAGUUCCAAUUGGAGCUCUGCAAAUAUUGCAUAUCCACUUGGCACAGAAAUUGGAUACUCAGGAGUGCAUAACAACAAUCAAAUUGGUGGUUCCAGCAGCAACUUUAUUUGUACCAAUAUGGUUGUGCCACAGACAGAAGUGCCACAAAACACAGCAGCUGAAUGUUCAGCCAUGUACAGUAAUCAUGAGCAAGAUGGUACCACAACUGCAUGGAACUCAGCCGUUGAUCAAACAGAGUUGGAUGCAGGUCUACAUGAACUUAUAACCGAUCCUUUCUUUUGGGAUAAGGGAGUACAGUGAAGGUGGCAGCUUCUAGGACCCUGUUGGCUGCUUCGGUAUGAAUUCAUGGCUAAACCAAUCUAUUGAUGGAAAUCCAAGAUACUGCAUGGACAGAAAUAAUAUGAAGCUAAAACCUCGAGUUUAGCAAGAAGGGAAUUUUAUUCGUCUUCAAGGU